AGCCUCCCAAAGUGCUGGGAUUACAGGCGUGAGCUGCAGCACACGGCCUUAGAUAUCUUUUCCUCUAAUUAGUUUAUAAUCUCUGAGAGUUGACCCAGGCUGGACCUUCUUGGACUGGAGCCAGGUGGUUAUCUCUGAUGCUCCCAGGGGAGGAUUAAAUGUUUUAUCUCCUGAGUUGGUCACAUGCGCACGCGGGUCUCUGAGUCAGCAUUGAGCAUUACCUGUUUAUGGGUCCAAAAGAACCUCCCUCCCAGACCCUCUCUCUAGCAGUAUACGGUCCAUGGUGUGGAUGGGAGGAAGGCAAGGCCAAGGUAAAUACUGACUCCGCCAAAUACAAGACAAAUACAAGCAGGUACAAGAAGUACAAAUACAUAUGUGGGGGAGGGAGCAAAGGCCUGCCAGCCAGAGCUAGUCAUCUGAGAAGAGGGGGUUGUGGACAGGUGGGGCUGGGAGCUGAGUCAGAGAAGGCCCCUGCGCCUCUGGUUAGAGCCUGGGAGCCUUGACUUGCCGUAGCCUGCGGCCUUGCCUCUUCCUGGACAGUGGCCGAGGGUGCCCUCUGAAAUGUUAAGGAGAAAUGAAUGGGCCCAGACGAUGGGGUGACCUGGGGAGGACGCGAGAUUUGGAGUCCAAGGGGAGGCAGUUUUAGGGUCUAACUCAUCCUAUACACGCUGCGGCUGUGGGGAAGAGAAAGAAAGGCCAAGGGCAUGACUCCUGGCUCCUGAGAGUCCCCCGGUAUCCCAUUAGGUUGGUAGCUGCAGUGGUGGUGCUGACCCCCCACUUAUGCACAGUCCUCAAGCCUCAGCAUUCCCUUCCCUGGGCUCUGAAGGGUAGAAAGAUCUGAGAAGAGCGGGGAAGAGGAGAGGAAAUUGGGAGAGGGGGAGAGAGAGGCUGGUGGGGAGCCCAGAGAAGGGAGCUGGGGGUGGAGUAUGGAGAGCUACCUGGGCCAAGGAGGGAGGGGCUUUGGCCAGGCUCACUUGGGUCCAGCAUGGAUUCCCUCACACGUGAGCUGUGUGAAUUUGGUUAUCAUCACAUCAAAGCCAGGAGCCAGUCUCGGUCCAAAGAUGGAGAAUGCAAGAACAGGCGACCAAGAGCCCUGGGACUUGUCCUAGCCCUCGUGGGAGCAGAUUCUACAUUUGUUUCCAUUUGGACACAAGAGGUGGCGAGAGGUGUGCUGACCAGUCUGCCAGGAGACAGCGUGACUCUGACCUGCCCAGGGGCAGAGCCGGAAGACAAUGCCACUGUUCACUGGGUUCUCAGGAAGCCAGCUGCAGGCUCCCACCUCAGCAGAUGGGCUGGCGUGGGAAGGAGGCUGCUGCUGAGGUCGGUGCAGCUCCAUGACUCUGGAAACUAUUCAUGCUACCGGGCCGGCCGCCCGGCUGGGACUGUGCACUUGCUGGUGGAUGUUCCCCCCGAGGAGCCCCAGCUCUCCUGCUUCCGGAAGAGCCCCCUCAGCAACGUUGUUUGUGAGUGGGGUCCUCGGAGCACCCCAUCUCCGACGACCAAGGCUGUGCUGUUGGUGAGGAAGUUUCAGAACAGUCCGGCCGAAGACUUCCAGGAGCCGUGCCAGUAUUCCCAGGAGUCCCAGAAGUUCUCCUGCCAGUUGGCAGUCCCGGAGGGAGACAGCUCUUUCUACAUAGUGUCCAUGUGCGUCGCCAGUAGUGUCGGGAGCAAGUUCAGCAAAACUCAGACCUUUCAGGGUUGUGGAAUCUUGCAGCCUGAUCCGCCUGCCAACAUCACAGUCACUGCCGUGGCCAGAAACCCCCGCUGGCUCAGUGUCACCUGGCAAGACCCCCACUCCUGGAACUCAUCUUUCUACAGACUACGGUUUGAGCUCAGAUAUCGAGCUGAACGGUCAAAGACAUUCACAACAUGGAUGGUCAAGGACCUCCAGCAUCACUGUGUCAUCCACGACGCCUGGAGCGGCCUGAGGCACGUGGUGCAGCUUCGUGCCCAGGAGGAGUUCGGGCAAGGCGAGUGGAGCGAGUGGAGCCCGGAGGCCAUGGGCACGCCUUGGACAGGUACUGGGGUGGGCACUGAGGAAGGAAGGGGUGUUUCAACUGUCAUUGCAUCAGAUAUCCAUUGCUAUGUGACAAGUCGCCUCAAAACUAGUGGCUUAGGCCAGGUGCGGUGGCUCACACUGGUAAUCCCAGCAUUUUGGGAGGGACUUUCUGGAACAUUCCACUGGGGGCCCCGCCACUUCUACUGCAUCACCUGCCACUUUGUGCAGAGCACUGACUCUGGAGUCAGACCAUUCCGAGUGGCGUUUGGGACCCAGCUGGAGGCACCUACUACUAAUAAAGAUGACGAUAAUAUUCUCUCCAGAGAUUCUGCAAAUGCGACAAGCCUCCCAGUGCAAGAUUCUUCUUCGGUACCACUGCCCACAUUCCUGGUUGCUGGAGGGAGCCUGGCCUUCGGAACGCUCCUGUGCAUUGCCAUUGUUCUGAGGUUCAAGAAGACGUGGAAGCUGCGGGCUCUGAAGGAAGGCAAGACAAGCAUGCACCCGCCGUAUUCUUUGGGGCAGCUGGUCCCAGAGAGGCCGCGACCCACCCCAGUGCUUGUUCCUCUCAUCUCCCCACCAGUGUCCCCCAGCAGCCUGGGGUCUGACAACACCUCGAGCCACAACCGACCAGAUGCCAGGGACCCACGGAGCCCUUACGACAUCAGCAAUACAGACUACUUCUUCCCCAGAUAGCUGGCCAGGGGGCACUAGCAGGCUGGACCCUGUGGAUGACAGAGCACAAACGGGCUCAGCAAAGGAUGCUUCUUACUGCCAUGCCAGCUUAUCUCAGGGGAGUGGGGCCUUUGGCUUCACGGAAGAGCCUUGCGGAAGGUUCGACACCAGGGGAAAAUCAGCCUGCUCCAGCUGUUCAGCUGGUUGAGGUUUCAAACCUCCCUUUCCAAAUGCCUGGCUUAAAGGGGUUAGAGUGAACUUGGGCCACUGUGAAGAGAAGCAUGUCAAGACUCUUUGGACAUUCAACACGGACACUCAAAAGCUGGGCAGCUUGGUGGGGGCCUCAGUGUGGAGAAGCGGCUGGCAGCCCACCCCCCAACACCUCUGCACAAGCUGCGCCCUCAGGCAGGUGGGGCGGAUUUCCAGCCAAAGCCUCCUUCAGCCGCCACGCUCCUGGCCCACUGCAUCAUUUCAUCUUCCAGCUCAAACUCCUAAAACCCAAGUGCCUUUGCAAAUUCUGUUUUUCUGAGCCUGGGGACGGCUUUUACUUAAACCGCCAAGGCUGGGGAAAGAAGCUCUCUCCUCCCUUUCUUCCCCACAGUUGAAAAACAGCUGAGGGUGGGUGGGUGAAUAAUACAGUAUCUCAGGGCCUGGUCGUUUUCAACGGAAUUAUAAUUAGUUCCUCAUUAGCAUUUUGCUAAAUGUGAAUGAUAAUCUUAGGCAUUUGCUGAAUACAGAGGCAACUGCACUGGCUUUGGGUUGCAGGACCUCAGGUGAGAAGCAGAGGAAGGAGAGGAGAGGGGCACAGGGUCUCCACCAUCCCCGGUAGAGUGGGAGCUGCGCGGGGGAUCACAGCCUCUGAAAACCAAUGUUCUCUGUUCUCCACCUCCCACAAAGGAGAGCUGGCAGCAGGGAGGGCUUCUGCCAGUGCUGAGAUCAAAACUGUUUUACUGCAGCUUUGUUUGUUGUCAGCCGAACCUGGGUAACUAGGGAAGAUAAUAUUAAGGAAGACAAUGUGAAAAGAAAAAUGAGCCCGGCAAGAAUGCAUUUUAACUUGGUUUUUAAAAAACUGCUGACUGUUUUCUCUUGAGAGGGUGGAAUAUCCAAUAUGCGCUGUGUCAGCAUAGAAGUAACUUACUUAGGUGUGGGGGAAGCACCAUAACUUUGUUUAGCCCAAAACUAAGUCAAGUGAAAAAGGAGGAAGAGAAAUAAUAUUUUUCCUGCCAGGCAUGGUGGUUCACGCCUGUAAUCCCAGCACUCUGGGAGGUCGAGGCGGGAGGAUCACUGGAGUCCAGGAGUUUGAGACCAGCCUGGGCAAUGUGGUAAAACCUCAUUUCUACAAAAAGCAUAAAAAUUAGCCAGGUAUGGUAGCGUGCACCUGAAGUCCCAGUUAGUUGGGGGGCUGAGGUGGGAGGAUCUCUUGAGCCUGGGAGGUCAAGGCUGCAGUGAGCCGAGAUUGCACCACUGCACUCCAGCCUGGGUGACUGAGCAAGUGAGACCCUGUCUCAAAAAAGAAAAGGAAAAAGAAAAGAAAAAAUAUUUUCCCUAUUAGCGAAGAGAUUGUGGUUUCGUUGUGUAUUUUGUUUUUGUCUUAAAAAGUGGAAAAAUAGCCUGCCUCUUCUCUACUCUAGGGAAAAACCAGUGUGUGACUACUCCCCCAGGUGGUUAUGGAGAGGGCGUCCGGUCCCUGUCCCAGUGCUGAGAAGGGAGCCUCCCACGACUACCCGGCAGGGUCCUAGAAAUUCCCCACCCUGAAAGCCCUGAGCCUUCUGCUAUCAAAGGGGGAGGUUUUUAAAAAAUCCCUUACCUCGGUGCCUUCCUCUUUUUAUUUAGCUCCUUGAGUUGAUUCAGCUCUGCAAGAAUUGAAGCAGAACUAAAUGUCUAAUUGUAACACCGUGAUUAACCACUUCAGCUGACUUUUCUGCCCGAGCUUUGAAAAUUCAAUGGUGUUAGUGGUUACCCAGUUAGCUCUCAAGUUAUCAGGGUACUCCACAGUGGGGAUAUACCAGACCACAAAACCUUUCUAAUACUCUACCCUCUUAGAAAAACAGCCACCAUCACCAGACAGGUGCAAAAGGAGGAAAGUGACCAUGUUUUGUUUACCGUUUUCCAGGUUUAAGCUGUUACUGUCUUCAGCAAGCCGUGCUUUUCAUUGCUGGGUUUGUCUGUAGAUUUUAGACCCUAUUGCUGCUUGAGGCACCUCAUCUUAAGUUGGCAAAAAGGCAGGACGGCUGGGUGUGGUGGCUCACGCCUGUAAUCCUAGCACUUUGGGAGGCCGAGGUGGGAGGAUUGCUUGAGCUCAGGAAUUUGAGACCAACCUGGGUAACAUAGUGAGAUACCAUCUCUAUUAUAAACAAUAACAUUUAAGAAAAAAAAAAGGCAGGCAAGUGGUUAUGGUGGUUCCCUCCCAUCCUGCUGCAUAAAGUUUCUGAGACUUGAGAACAGCAAAAAUGCUGUUAAAGGGAAAUAUUAAGAAUGAGAAUCUGCAUGAAGGGUGAUUAUGUGCCCACAGUUAAUUCUUUAUACCGUUUUACCCACAUGUGGUAUUACCGAAGUCGGGCAGAAGCAUGCUAGCGGAAGAUGUGAAAUUCAGAUAGCUCAUUAUUGCCAAGAGCUAGGCAGCUUUGAUCUCCAAAUUGUUAUUGCUUUCAUUUUUAUUGUAAUGGAACUGUUUUUUUUUUUUUUGCUUUUUUUUCUUUGUUUUGUUUUUGUAUUGAAGAGGGUUUUUUUCCCUUUAUUUUUCAUAAGCUACUGUAAAUGAAGAAAAAGUGUCUUCUCUGGGCUGUAGGCCUGGCUCAGUGUACACAGGUAUACAUCCUAAGCUCUCUCUGUUCUCUAAUUUGUGGUGACUGAAUAUGUGUCUCAAUCCACGGGGCAUUUCUACCUGUAUUUCUGCAGCACCCCCACUGCCUUGAGUCCCCAGCAGUGCUGUUAUUUGCCUAAUACCUGUAGCCAUCUGCCACACAGCCAGACAUGAAACGCUGGGACAGAGACCAUUUAGAUUAAAUACAACAGCUUAUCUUGCUGGGUGGGGAAAGUAAAAAAUAUGCUGGUUCAAGGUCUAAAGUAAAAUGAUAAAUAAUGUUUGUAGCAUUAAUGAAAUAUUUUCAAGAAACGUGUCCGGGGGUAGCAUUGGCUAUGCUGACGAGGCCUUUGGUAACUCAGAAAGCUCUUGGCCCCGAUGGCAACUUGCCCUUGCACUUUCUUUAUCAGGCUCUGAGCUCACAUGGAGCCCCUGGCAUUUCCCUGUUGUCUUGGGAGAAAGGAAACUGGUUGUGGCGGCAGGGUGUGGAAUCUGCUGCUGGAACCAGGCUGGAAGCCCACCUGGUAGUGAACAGGGCCCAGCGGGGCAGGCUAGGAGUGUUGUGGUCUAUGGGUUUGUGUCCUGGAGAAUGUUCAGGAAUGUCUUCUUGGCUGCUUUGGUGCUGAGCUCUGUUAUCUCACAGCACGUCCUGAAGGCUAACCCAGGUGGGGAGGAUGCUGACACCAGCUCCAGGUGGAGUUGGUGAGAAAUCUGUCUUAACUUGGAGAUACAGGGGCAACCUGUGACCCUUUGAGGCAAGAGCCCUGCACCCAGCUGUCCCGUGCAGCCGUGGGCAGGGGGCUGCACAUGGAGGGGCAGGCGGGCCAGUUCAGGGCCAGUUCAGUGCCCUGUAAGGGCCCUUCAGCCUCCUGUCCUCUGUGCGGCUGGGCGCCAGCGCCAGGGAGUUUCUAUGGCAACCUUAGUGAUUAUUAAGGAACAUUGUCAGUUUCAUGAACAUAUGCUCAAAUGAAAUUCUACUUUAGGAGGAAAGGAUUGGAACAGCACGUCGCAAGGCUGUUAAUUAACAGAGAGACCUUAUUGGAUGGAGAUCACAUCUGUUAAAUAGAAUACCUCAACUCUACGUUGUUUUCUUGGAGAUAAAUAAUAGUUUCAAGUUUUUGUUUGUUUGUUUUACCUAAUUACCUGAAAGCAAAUACCAAAGGCUGAUGUCUGUAUAUGGGGCAAAGGGUCAGUAUAUUUUUCAGUGUUUUUUUUUCUUUUACAAGCUAUUUUGCAUUUAAAGUGAACAUUGUAAAUGUUUGUAAUAAAUAAUUUU